CAAGAUCGAACACUUAAUACUCAGGCAUUGACACUCGACUCAAGACACUGAGCAUGGGAACUUUCCACGACUUACUGCAGCACCUCGAGAGCCAGCCUGAUGUUAUUAGCUGGAACUCUAUUAGCACCCUUUUUUGUUUCAUUAGUAUCGCGAGCCGUCUCAAAGAGGACAUAAUCCUCGUACAACCAGCUCAAGCCUCCACCUCUGAGCCCCCACCUGUGUUAUCCCCCGCCUUCAACACUUUCCUUGCUGCAGCAUGCUCUAUCUCACCAGCACAGGCUAACAAUGCAUGGGCACUCUUACAAGAUGUCAUAUGGCAUGGUGCCAUUGACAAGGAUCUCAGUUCAGUGUGGGCGAACGAUGCACCACGGAGGGGAUUUGACUGUCAGAUUGAUUACCGCCACAACUAUACUGUGUGUGGUGGUAUUCGGACCUACUACGACGAACAGCCCAAGACCAUCCAGGUCACGGAUCAUGUCUUCAUGGAGAAAGAUGUAGUUGAGCUCUUCAAGACGGCUAUGGAUGUCUCGUGGACUUCAGCAACAAAUUGCGCACAACUAUACAAUAUGUGCCUCUCACAGGGAAAAUGUGCACCAGCCGGUUAUCUUGUCAAAUUCGAGAUUACUGGUGACCACGUUUGGGAUGCGUUCGUAAUCACUACACUGCUCGAAGACUGCAAGCGCCGCAUGCGUUCCCUCACUGUCCCUCAGACUGGCAACCAGCGGGACCGGUUCACGCAAGCGAUGAUAGAUAGGAAUCGCCGCAUUCAAUUGUACGGCUUCGAAGAUGUCCGUCGGCACUACUGUAAUAGGUGUACUCGAAUGUAUGCCAAUGACCAAGGUGUUACCACACACAAGGUCUCUGUCGUGGUUGUCGAUGGCGUAACUGUCGGUCACCCGUGCUGUGCAGUCCGCAACUGCCACACUCCACUAUCGAACAACCACCACCGAUUCUGUCAAGCUCAUUCUAGCUACAAUGGCACAUGCUCCAUCAUCGGCUGCAACCUACCUGUUGUCCCUGGCCGCCGUACAUGCUCAACACCAGAUCAUAAACAUGUCGAGGGAACCUAUGAGUUGCGUGGGCAGUCUCGGUUUCAGCUCCAGGACCGUCUUGCUCGUGCUAGAGUUGCUCACCCUAAUGACGCUAUCAGUCAGGAUGUCGAGAUCUCAACGCUACACCCACCAGAUGCCGAAGAAGAAUACGAGCUCAAUGAGACGGGUACCUUAGCACUACCUGUUGUUGAUGGUGCCAGUGGUGACCCGACUCCUGCUGUCAACAUUGGUCAUGGCCAGCCCACAAGGCGAAGACUGAAAGCAAUGUUUGGUCGCCGAAGAACACACAAUGAACAACUGAUGGUUGCACCAUGUGGUAUGAUCAUUGCACACCAGACUUUCUUCGGGGCAGAGGGAGUGGCAAGCGUUGUGCAAUUUAUCAAGAAUGUAUAUGCAGGUAACGACUCGAUGAAGCCCGACCACAUCUUCUUCGAUAACAACUGCACUCUUUCAAAAAUGGUGAAGGAUGACCCAUUCUUCGAGGGCAUCGGCUUGUCAGUGGACGUGUUUCACUUUAACUGCAAACACUCAGAGAGCGACACCUAUUGCCAGGCGAAUUGCAACCCUGUAGACUAUCCAGAGCUGCUAGGAGACAAUGGGAAGGGCUGGCGAUUUAACUCCUCUGUCGCUGAGCAGACUAAUGGCACCACAGGACUUCCUUCAAGGUCGCCCCGCGAACGCGGUUCAAUCUGCCUAUCACCAGCCUCAGCAAGGUGCAAGGUUACCCCCCACAACCGUUGGUUCCAAGCCCAACGGGACUUGCCUAUGGUGCACACGUCCCUCACCUCCCCAUCACUUAGCCCAGCCUCCAUCCUCAUCGUUUUGCUUCAUCGUUCCAUCAUGUCCGGUAGCGCCGCGUCCAUCAAUGUCGACUCAAGGAACACCCCCGAUGUCAUCUUCAGUUUCCACGUCUCGGUCGAACUCUUGGUUGUCAUUUGGCAGUGGGCGCUUGUCGGUAUCGGACAUUACGUCUCCCGAAGCGCUUGUCUACGCUCGAUCACUCUGCUGUUUCCACCAUCGUCCACGCCAUUUGCGGGUUCACGUGUCAUCUUCCAGCGUAUGCGCAACUACUCUAUCUACGCUUGCGCUGUGACCAUUCGUAUCGUUGUCCGUUUCGCUAUCCUUGCCUUCGCGUUCAAGUUCGACUUCCCUCCGUUCAUGGUCCUGAUCAUUGCCCUGCUGAAUGAUGGCACCAUUAUGACGCUUUCAGUCGACCGUGUCUUACCCUCGAUGACACCUGAUUCUUGGGACCUCGCUGAGAUCUUCUCGUACGCUAACAUUGUUUGGUUUGCCCCUCUCGACUGGAUUAAAUUCGCAAUGAAGGCCACCGUCAUCAAGAGACUUCGCGAAUGUCACGCGCAGGCACAGGCAGCACAAGCAGAACAAGCCAUCACUGGCGUCCCCAUCACUCGCACCCAGUCUCGCGCUGCUUCGAUACACGAGUCAUUGUACUCGAACCGUGUGUCGUUCAUUCGCCACGCUGCUCGCAAAGUUGGCUUCGGCUCCAAGGCUACGAUGAAGCCCGAGGAGCUCCAGCGUUUCAGCAGUAUUCAAGCACAGCGUACGGGUGCGACACUUGCUCGCAAUCCCAGUCGCACCGCUGCUGCAUAGACUUCGUGAGUUGUAGAAUGGGAAUGCGUGUCUCGAGAUAAUCCGCAGCAAAGCAAAUCACAUGGAACGAUGUGAC